UUACAAUCGUGAUUUUCUGAAGUAUUUGUGGCUUUUAUUAUUUUACUAAUAACAACCGAUUCGUUCUGAUUUACUAAAGUGAUUUUAUUUGUAAUGUGUAAUAUGUAUUACGCAUUAUACACAAAAUUAUAGAAUAUUUAAUUAUGAAAUUCUCUUCCAAUUCCGUGUGUACAGAAACAUAAACCAUAUCUGUUGAGGAGAUCACCUCAGCAGCUUAAAAACAUAAUUGAAAUCGGUAGACUUAGUAUAAUUAAUUUUAAAAUGAAUGUAUUUAUUUCUGUAUUAAAAUGUAUAAAUCAAUACGGCAUUAAACAUUAAAGGUAUCAUUAGUUUAAAUCGGUCAGCAGGGCUAAAUGUUUUCUGUGUACUACGUCACUUUUAGCCCUUCUUGGAAGGCACGUAUUUUUUGCGUACUACGUCAUCCCCUCUUCCCCUUAGUAACCCUCACGGCGUCUCGGAGGCAGAAUCACAAGAUGGGUUUGUUAUCAAUUUUACGCAAACUCAAAAGUACCCCCGACCAGGAGGUGCGGAUAUUGCUUCUGGGGUUGGACAACGGUGGCAAGACCACCUUACUGAAACAGCUGGCAUCUGAGGACAUCACUCAUAUUACUCCAACACAGGGUUUCAAUAUCAAGAGCGUCCAGUCGCAAGGAUUCAAAUUAAACGUGUGGGAUAUCGGUGGUCAGCGAAAGAUUAGACCUUACUGGAGGAACUACUUUGAGAACACAGAUGUACUGAUUUACGUUAUUGAUAGUGCAGACCGUAAAAGAUUUGAGGAAACCGGACAGGAGCUGGCUGAGUUACUUGAUGAAGAAAAGCUCAGUGGCGUCCCGGUUCUAGUGUUCGCAAAUAAGCAGGACCUGCUCACGGCAGCCCCCGCAUCCGAGAUAGCCGAGGGUUUGAAUUUGCACACUAUCAGAGACCGAGUGUGGCAGAUCCAGUCCUGUUCUGCCCUCACAGGAGAAGGAGUCCAGGAUGGCAUGAACUGGGUCUGCAAGAGUGUGAACGCUAAGAGGAAAUAGAGCUGUUUUCCGAGCAGGAGGGAAUAUAGUCAUGACUUUGAAAAAACUGUCAGUAGGUAUAAGAAAUGAAGGCAUCCCUUCAAAACUAUUUAAAUUCACUUUUGCCUCUCUUUUUGGGCCUGUUUGGUCCAAUACAAUGAGUUCAAAUUAAUAGUAUCCUUUCACUAGUCUUUUAAACUCAAAAUUAAGAAUGUACAUCCAUUUUCUUUAGUACACUUCAAAUCUUAAUUCAUUCUGCCUUCAUUUCUUGAGAUGAAUGACUUGUGUUUUUAUAUUGAAUGUUAUAGUUAUUUAGAGGAUUUUGUUACCGAGACAUUUAAAAAGUGACAGACUUCAUCAUUCAGUUCAGCCAUUGUCCUUCCAUACUGGCACUAUUCACUGAUACAACACUCUUGUUACUCCAUCUAAGGUCAUAUUUUUAUAAGUUUUCCUGAGAGUAACAGAGAUAAGAAUUACGGUACCCAAAUACAACAUACAACAAACAUCAGUAUAUAAAAAAUAAAAGGGGACCAUCAAUAGGAUGUUUUUGAUAAUUAAAUGUAAAUAAUGUCCAAAUAGCAAAUUAUUUUCUGCAUAUAUAUAUACUGUCAAAUUUUACAAAUCCAGCAUUUAAGGAUUUCUUAGAGCUCUAUAAUGUAAGUGGCCUGUACAGCUGUAAUCUAUACAUUGACGAGUACAAGAGGACGUCUGUCGUCAUCACAUCAAGAUUAUUUCUGUAGCUUCUCUGAAUGUCGUGAUGUGUGUGAAAAAUAAUGUGAGUAAAAUACUGAAAACAUG